AUGACGAGGAUAAUCUCUGCGCGUGGUUUCAGACUUUCAGUUUCUGAUCGGGUGAUAUAGUUUGCAAUAUAAUUUCCCAUCAAGACUUAUGAAACGAUAACAUGAAAUUGGAAAAGCUGGAUUUUUAUGACGAACCACCAAUCAGAUAGCACAGUUUAUUUAUGGCCUAGCCUACUACGUAACAAGCAUUUUGUUGUGAUUUGUGAAACACGCGAUGUUGGAACGAGAUAGAACGACUUUGAAUUUUGGAUCCGAAGAGCAACUGGAAUGUACAGGCUAUCAUCGUGUUCCGUGGAAACAAUUGAUUUCCGUAUUACUCAGUAUUGUGUCCCUGGGGGUGCUACAACUGGUCUUCUACUGGAAAGAAGUAUGGCGCGUAAAGUUUACGUGUUCUCCAUGUCCGCUCAAAGACGCACAAGUGGUGCUACUUAAUGAUAAUUUUCAACAGGUUUUUCCUGCUGAAGUGAAGGUGAUUUCACUCAAACAAAGUCUUGAGUCAUACAUUCAACAUGAAAGACAUGGAAGUUGCAAAAAAGUACAUGUUGGCUCUGGAGGUGAUAGGGCCUCAUUCUCAGCUGAAGACAUUAGUGAACAGGAUACUGAUCUGCUCAUUAAUGAAUUACCUGAGCAAAAGGUGGCUCAUCAAAUGAUUUACUUUGAAUACCAGAAAGUAAAAUACUUUUGGAAUAAAGUUGAGGAAAACUAUGAACGGCUCACAGCAUUUGAUAUUGACACACCUUGCUCAAAAUUCUACGUUGACUCUAAGGGAAUAAGUCAGGAUGAACAAAAAAACAAGCAACAGAUUUAUGGCUAUAAUGCUAUCGUCGUUGAAGUCAAGAGCUAUGGAAAACUUUUGAUAGAAGAGGUUCUGAAUCCGUUUUACAUAUUCCAAAUCUUCAGUGUUAUUCUGUGGUUCUGUGAGGAUUACUAUUACUAUGCCGCAUGCAUUAUUGUUAUAUCAGCAAUUUCACUCGUCAUCUCUCUCUAUGAAACUCAUAAGCAAGCUGUUACAUUGCGGGAUAUGGUUGCCCAGAGUAGCAUAGUCACAGUACAGAGGUCCAGUGGGGCUGUGUGUGAGAUUGAUAGCAGUGAACUUGUUCCUGGUGAUGUGUUGUUAGUUCCUCCAAAUGGCUGUAUGAUGAGUUGUGAUGCUGUUCUUAUCGCUGGUAACUGCAUUGUCAAUGAAAGCAUGCUAACAGGUGAGAGUGUGCCCGUCACCAAGACACCUUUACCCAACCAUCCUGGCGCCGAUGUAUGCUACUCACCUGAUAUUCACAAACGCCACACCUUGUUUUGUGGUACACAGGUGAUACAGACCAGGUAUUAUGGAGGUGAGCGAGUCUGUGCUGUGGUUGCAAGAACAGGCUUUGAGACAGCUAAAGGUGAGUUAGUUCGUUCAAUCCUUUACCCAAAGAACCUAGGCUUCAAAUUCUAUCAAGAUGCGCUGCGGUUUGUGAUGGUGCUUGGGUGUCUUGCGGUCAUCGGUCUCGUGUACACCAUCCCUGUCCUCUUGAGAAAUAAGGCACAUGUUAAAGAUAUCAUAUACAAGUCAUUAGAUAUAAUCACCAUCGCUGUUCCACCAGCGUUACCUGCAGCCAUGACAGUCGGCACCAUCUAUGCACAGUCUCGCUUGAAGAAAGCUGGCAUCUUCUGUAUCAGUCCGCAGAGAAUUAACAUGUGUGGCAAACUUAAAUUGGUCUGUUUUGAUAAGACUGGGACGCUCACAGAAGAUGGUCUGGACAUGUUGGGUGUGGUACCAAUCCAAGAUGAUCACUUCCUGCCAUUAAUUCAGAAUGCUGAUGAACUUCCUCGUGGCCCCUUCCUUGCCUGCAUGGCAGCUUGUCAUUCACUGACCAUCAUUGAAGGUAACCUCACUGGCGAUCCUUUAGAUCUGAAGAUGUUUGAAGCAACAAAAUGGAUCUUUGAAGAGCAGGGUGAAGAUGAUACAACCAAAUAUGGUAACAUGAUGCCAACCGUUGUCAAGCCAGCCACAUCUGAAACUUCGUUGGCUCAAAAUUCAGAGCAGAGUUCAUAUGAGGACAAACUUUUGGAUGUAUCAAAGAAUUUCCAUUUUGCAACUAAUGGCAAAUCCUUCUCAGUUCUUAGAAGUUAUUUUGCAGAUAUUAUGCCAAAGAUUGUUCAGAAAGGAACAGUAUUUUCACGAAUGUCACCAGACCAAAAACGUCAGCUGGUGGAGGCUCUACAGGACCUGGGAUAUGGUGUUGGGAUGUGUGGAGAUGGUGCAAAUGACUGUGGUGCCCUCAAAACAGCGCAUGCUGGUAUAUCGCUAUCGGAAACCGAGGCAUCUGUGGCGUCGCCAUUCACAUCAAGUAUACCAAACAUAUCAUGCGUGCCGAUAGUUAUCAGGGAAGGUAGAGCAGCUCUUGUGACGUCAUUUGGAGUCUUCAAGUACAUGGCUCUCUAUAGUUUGAUACAAUUCAUCUCAGUUAUGAUUCUCUAUUGGAUAAAUUCUAAUCUUGGUGAUAUUCAAUACCUUUAUGUAGACCUUGUUAUUACAACUACAGUUGCUAUCUUAAUGGGAUACAAUGGUGCCUAUGCACACCUUGUGAAGAAGCGACCACCUGGAAGUUUGAUGUCACCCGUUAUCCUCAUCUCCAUCAUUCUCCAGAUUGUAAUCCAGAUCAUCGGACAGACAGUUGCUUACUUUUUAUUGUUCACACAAGACUGGUUCAAUCCACUUGUACCAAGUGAAGAUGCAGAUAAGAACAUCCUGUGCCCCGAAAACACCAUAGUGUUCCUAGUCUCUUCUUUCCAGUACUUUAUUGUGGCCGCAGCAUUCUCCAAGGGACCACCGUACCGGACCCCGAUAUGGCAUAAUGUGUUGUUCCUGAUUUCUCUGAUCGUCCUGUCUGCGUACACAUCCUUUAUGCUCUUCUACCCUUAUUACCUAUCAUUCCUUACAAACUUCUUUGAGGUCUAUCAACUUGGUCCGGAUCACAUCCAAUUCUGUUGGUUGAUAUUUGCCAUCAUUAUCGUCAAUGCAGUUUCAACAUUUGCACUUGAGUGGCUGAUGGGAAAGAGUUUUAUCAAGACGUUGAUCAAACCAUGUCGUAAGAAGAACAUCUCAAAGAAUGUGUAUAAAACUAUUGAACGUGAAAUUAUGAAUGAUCCUGAUUGGCCACCGAUUGGUCAUGUGACCACAAGUAAUAUAUCAAUUAAUCAAACCAGCUGACAUGAAAUAUUCUCAUUUGUAAAAUUGUUUUGUAUUUUGGAUCGCUAUAAUUGUGUAAAAUGUUAUUGGCCUAUGACAUAAUAUGAUAUGGACUGUGGCCACUGAUUGGGAUAUUUGUAAUUUGUGAAAACUAAUUUUGUGUAUGCGGUUUUCAGUAAUUUAUAAAUGUUAAUUAAAAAAACAAACAAUAUAUGAAAAUAAAAUUAUGACUGAAGAAAAUAUUGAAUAUAAUUUAUGAAGUAAGCUGUAGUUUUACUGUAAUAAUAAUAAUAGUGGAUAUUUAUAAGGCUCCGGAAAAAUAUGAGUGGAAAAUUUAAGAUAAUAGUGCAAGAAAGAUGAGAAUUAAUUAAGGAAGUGCUGGUCGAACAGAUGUUUCUUUAGUCUGGACUUUAAUAUAAUGAUAUUUUUCUGCAGGCCUGAUGUGUAUGGGCAGAGAAUUCCAGAUUUUGGGAGCAGCAACAAGAAAUGAUCUAUUUCCCCAGUUAUUCUUAGUAUUGUGUUCAGUUAAGAAGGCGAUCAAAGCGACCUUGCAGUUAAACUUGCACAGUUAAUUUCUAAGUCAAAUUUAUUUUACAUGCCAAAUUGUUGUGUUUUCAUUAAUUAACAAUCUGUAUUAAGUCAAAUGUUAUCUAAAUUGAACAAUUUUUCAAUGGCAUUUUGGAUUCGACUGCAAGUUCAACUGUAUAUGCCGAUAACAGAUUUGAGACGGACUGCACAUGAUUUACUAAGGCCCUUGUAAGUCAGAAGUGCUAUCUUGUAAUGAAUCCCGAGUUGCACUGGUAACCAGUGGAGAUUGGAAUCGGGGUGAGGCGCUACCACUUCUAAGUGUGUUUGAUAAGCCUAGCAGAGCCUAGCACAGUUGUUCUGUAGCCCCUGAAGUGCAUUAUACAAUUUUUAUAAACUGUGCUUAUUAUAUACAAGCUUAAAUAAAAGAAUGAAUAUUUUUGUAAUUAUUUUUUAAGAGUUUCCAAUAGGUUUCAUUAAAUACAUUUUUUUUUAUUAAUUUAUAUUUCAAUAUUGUAAUGUUGAGACGUAUUUAUCAGUUUGAUCCUAAAUUGUUGUUAAUAAACUUAAACAAUAAAAUUUAA